AUGAAUUAUGAUCAAUCAUUAAUCUAUGAAUUCUGGGGAUACAAUUUCUUAUCGCUUACAAUUCCUACAACAGUACAAACAAUUAAAGAAAGUGCAUUUGAGAACUCAUCAAUUUCUGAAAUAAAUUUCCAAUUAAAUUCCGAACUUUCUUCUAUAGAAAAUAAUGCAUUUAGAAAUUGUUCAAAUUUGAAAUCAUUUAGUUUUAUGUCAAAUAAUUUUAAUUCUUUAGGAUCUUCAGUAUUUAAAGACUGUAUUAAAUUAGUAUUUGUUACAAAUAUUAAAGAUGUUCCAGAGAGUUGUUUUUCAGGAUGUACAUCAUUACAAAAUGUUACCUUCAGAAAUGGUGCAACAUUUAUUGGACCUAGAUCAUUUGAAAAUUGUAUUUCUAUAGAAAGUAUUAACAUCCCAUCAACUAUUGAGACGAUCUCGGAAUAUUCAUUUAUUAAUUGCAUUCAGCUUAAAUCAAUUGUUUUCUCACAAUCAAAUUCUCUUUCUAGUAUAUCUAUAAAUGCAUUUUCAGGAUGUGAUUCCAUUGAAAGUAUAAACAAUUUUGAAUCAACUGAUUACAAAUGCAUCCAAAAUACUCUUUAUAUCAAAAAUGAAGGAAAACUUCAUCUUGUUUAUCAUGUAAGAAAUUCCCCUGAAAAAGUGAUAAUUAUCAAUUGUUUUGUUAUCAAAAGUUAUUCAUUUGAUCAUUGCUUCAAUAUAGAGAAUAUCAGUAUCCUUUCAGAUAGUGUCACUUUGAUUGAAUCAAACGCAUUCAACAGCUGUUUAAAUCUUAAGUUUAUCAACUUCCCAUUAUCGAUUCAAACUGUUCAACCGCAUUCAUUUAAUGAUUGUCCUUCAAUUAGAUGCCCACUUCGAAUUGAGAAUAAAACUCUCAACUACUUCUAG